UACCCUAUAAAUAUAGGUUAGGUCUGUACUCUAUUGUUCAUUACCUAAUUUUCCCAUCAGUCAAACAAAAGUUCUGUCAAAGUUUAAACGCUUCGUUUUAUAAUUUUUCUAUCUAAAAAGUAUUAUUCACUUAACUUAGAAUCAUGAUGUCUCAAUCUGGUGCACCGAUUUUGGUGCUAAACACAAAUACCAAAAGAAAGUUUGGCCAUAAGGUUCAGUUGGAAAAUAUUGCAGCAGGUAAAGCUAUUGCAGAUGUAGUACGUACGUGUAUUGGACCCAGAGCUAUGCUUAAAAUGUUGAUGGAUCCAAUGGGCGGCAUUGUAAUGACAAACGACGGUAAUGCUAUUCUCCGUGAAAUCACUGUCCAGCAUCCAGCGGCUAAGUCGUUCAUUGAAAUCGCUCGAACACAAGAUGAAGAAGUCGGUGAUGGUACUACAUCGGUGGUCGUACUCGCAGGAGAAAUCCUUGGAAUCGCAGAACAGUUUUUAGAACAAAAAAUUCAUCCUACAGUUAUAAUCAAAGCUUAUCGUCAAGCUCUCGAAGACAUGCUAGACAUUCUGGAUAAAGAAUUCAGCAUUCCAUUGUCGUUGGAUGACGAGCCUAAACUUAUCGAAGUUAUCCAAUCGUGUGUCGGCACCAAGUUCAUUGGACGUUGGUCAGAUUUAGCAUGCAGUAUUGCAUUAAACGCUGUUAAAACAGUAAGUAUUAAAGACGAAGGGCGUACAGAAAUUGAUAUUAAAAGGUACGCUAAAGUAGAAAAAGUUCCCGGUGGAGCUAUUGAAGACUCUCAAGUAUUGAGCGGAAUCAUGUUGAACAAAGAUGUUACACAUCCGAAAAUGAGAAGGUUCAUCAAGAAUCCACGAAUCGUACUUUUGGAUUGUACAUUAGAAUUUAAAAAAGGAGAAAGUCAAACCGAAGUAGAAAUUGUUAAGGAAACAGACUUCACAAGGUUAUUGCAAAUCGAAGAAGAGUACAUCCAACAAAUUUGUUCAGACAUUAUAGCUUUGAAACCAGAUUUGGUUUGUACAGAAAAAGGAGUAUCUGAUUUGGCGCAACAUUUUUUAUUGAAAGCCAACAUAUCUGUAUUGAGGCGUUUGAGAAAAUCAGAUAACAAUCGAAUCGCCAGAGCGUGUAACGCUACCAUUGUAACGCGUACUGAUGAAUUACGCGAAAGCCAUGUCGGUACAGGAGCUGGUCUUUUCGAAAUAAAAAAAAUUGGUGAUGAGUACUUCACAUUCGUUACCGAAUGCGUUAACCCAAAGGCGUGCACUAUUUUGCUUCGAGGGCCAAGCAAGGACAUACUUAACGAAGUGGAAAGGAAUUUACAGGACGCUUUACAUGUGGCUAAGAACAUCAUGUUGAACCCCAAGUUGGUUCCAGGUGGUGGUUCCAUCGAAAUGGCCGUAUCGCAGGCGUUGGUGAAAAAGAGUUCUCAGAUUGCUGGCGUUCAACAGUGGCCGUACAAAGCCGUAGCUCAAGCUUUAGAGGUAAUACCGCGUACGCUUUUACAAAAUUGUGGUGUCAGUACCAUAAGAACGAUGACGUCGCUGAGAGCCAAACACGCGGUCAGCGGUAACGAGCACUGGGGUAUUAACGGAGAGACAGGCGAGAUGGCCGAUAUGAAAGAACUCAAAGUAUGGGAACCAAUCGUUGUCAAGUCUCAAGUAUACAAAACUGCUAUCGAAACAGCUAUAUUGUUAGUUCGUAUCGAUGACAUAGUGUCUGGAACAAAGAAGAGAGGAGACGAUGGACAACCAAAACCAUCCGCUCAACCAACUGAAGAAUCCAUGAAGGAAUAAAUAUAAGGGUCGUUGUCCUACUUUUUUUUUCACCUAUUCCUAAAUAUUAUAACACAAUGAUUACUAAUAUAAAUCACUAAUCUUAUGUUGUGUUAUUUAUCGCGACUUAAUACAUUAUUAACAGUUAUUAUUUUUUUUUGUAUGAUUGCUGCAUUGAAUUUCUAGAUUUUAAUAAAACAUUUUCAUACUAUUUCUCAC